GCAUGGCCACAAUCUAUAAGCACUUUAUCAUUUGCACAAUUUUCAUUUCAGUUUUCUAAAAGACAUGACAAAUUUUAAGCCAUUAGCAUUAACUAUCAUCUUCUGCUUUUUUGUUUCAAGUCACUGCACAAUUAUCAUCCCAAAAAACAACAAUGGAAAUUUGAUUCAACAAACUUGCAAACAAACUCCAAAUUAUGCAAUUUGCAUUCAGUACCUCAAAUCUGAUCCAAGAAGUUCUGAUGCAGAUAUAACAGGUCUAGCACUAAUCAUGGUGGAUAUAAUCAAAUCCAAAGCAAACACUACCUUAAACAAAAUCAAUCAACUGAUUAAGAAGAAACAAGAACCUAGUCAAAAGGAAGCUUUGAAUUCAUGUGCUGGUAGAUACAAAGCAAUUUUGGUAGCUGAUGUGCCAAAAUCUGUUGCAGCUUUGAAACAAGGGGAUCCUAAAUUUGCUGAAGAUGGUUCAAAUGAUGCUGCAGUUGAAGCAACUACUUGUGAGAAUGGCUUCAAAGGAAAAUCACCACUCUCUAAUGAGAAUAUUGCUAUGCAUGAUGUAGCAGCUAUAACAGCAGCUAUUGUUAAACAAUUGCUCUAGACUCAUAGCUAGUAAUUUAUUUACUCAAAUAUAUCAUCAUCAUGCAAUUUAUUAAUAUUAUGUAUUAUAUCAUGUUUACAAUAUGUUAUUUGUCUAAUCAAAGUUUUACUAUGAACAUUGAACUUUGCAUUUACCCCUUUCACAAUAUUCAUUCACAGUCUCUUUGUCGGCA